AUGGACAUCGAUGACAUUCUCGCGUCCGUCGACCGCCAUGACACCUCGCCCGAAUCCGCGGCCCUAGACCACCAGCUCCUGACGCGUCUCUGGGUCGCAGAGCGAGCCGUCUCGGAGCUCCUCCCAUGGCCUGCACCAUUGAUGGAACGGAUGAUGGAGCGAGUCAGGAAGCAGAUCGAAAGAAUCGAAGACCUCGCCGCCUCGUCCUCAGACCCCUACACCACAACAGCAACGAGCACCAACAACCCCACGCUGAACCUCAAACUCUCAAUCCUGCAGACCGACCUCGCCCGCACCCAGUUCCUCAUCCGCUCGUUUCUCCGCCAGCGCCUCGCAAAACUCACAAAACACAGCAUGCACUACCUCCUCCUCGUCGCGCCACCCCGCGCCUCCCAAGCCCCCUCCUCGCAGCAAUCCCACACACAGACACCAGAGGACUCCAUACCUGACCCAACCGACAACCCGGACCCGGCCCCGCUCUCCGCGCAGGAAGCUGCCUUCCUGCAUGCGCAUCAGACGCUGCUGGCGGGGCACUACGGGGCGUCGUUUCUCAACUCGUUCCCGCCGCAGUUGAGGCGGUUGGAUGAUAAUGCGGGCGGGACGAGUAUGGUCCAGGGGCCGGAGAUGCGGGAGGCGGUUGUGGUGAGGUGUCUUGCGGAGGAGGUGAGGGUUGUUAUUCCGCCUGGGGAUGGGAUCGACGAGGAGCUGUUUGGGACGACGAUGCGGAUGGGGGAUGUGUGGGUUGUCAGGUGGGAGGGGAUCAAGGGGGCGUGGGAGAAGGGGGAGGUUGAGGUUCUUUGA